UGUGAACCCCAGACGUCACACGCGCACGGCUAUAGAUGGAGCUCGGGAGCCCAGGCCAGCCCAGUGCAAGCCCACGAGAGCUCAGUGAUGGUGGUGGUGGUGCUGGCUGCCGGGGGGGGGACGCGGUGUCUGUGCGGCUAAGGAUGUGUUACAGAGGCGGGCUGGUCUUCAUGUAACUGGAGAGCGCCUGUAAUCUACAGAGGGCGAGGACGGAGCGGGAGGGAGCGGAGGUGCCCUGUGUAUUUCCCAGCCGCGCUCUCCCCGAGAGGAGGAGGCCGCCGGGAGCCCCUCUCCGACCCCCCCCUCCCCAUCUCCCUCCGGCUCAGCGCACCAAGGAAUGAUGAAAAAAACCAAUUCUGCCAAAAGGGGGCACCAGGAUGGAAACCAGCAGCCUGCGCAGCCCGAGAAGGUCGGCUGGGUGCGGAAAUUUUGCGGGAAAGGCAUUUUUAGGGAAAUCUGGAAGAACCGUUAUGUGGUUUUGAAGGGAGAUCAGCUUUACAUCUCGGAGAAGGAGGUAAAAGAUGAAAAAAACAUGCAGGAAAUGUUUGACCUGAGCGAUUAUGAGAAAUGUGAAGAGCUCAGGAAGUCCAAAAGCAGAAGCAAAAAGAACCACAGCAAAUUUACCCUCGCCCACUCCAGGCAGCCUGGAAACACGGCACCCAAUCUCAUCUUCCUGGCUGUGAGUCCAGAAGAGAAAGAGUCCUGGAUUAACGCCCUCAACUCCGCGAUCACUCGUGCCAAGAACCGCAUCUUAGAUGAGGUCACUGUCGAAGAGGACAGCUACCUCGCCCACCCGACGCGCGACAGAGCAAAAAUACAGCACUCCCGACGCCCCCCAACACGGGGACAUUUGAUGGCUGUGGCAUCUACCUCAACCUCUGACGGCAUGCUGACCCUCGACCUGAUCCAGGAGGAGGACGCCUCCCCGGAGGACCACGGCACCUGUGAAGAGAGUUUCCGGGUGGACCUGGAUAAAUCGGUGGCACAUCUCGCCGCCGGCCGGCGCCGCUCGGAUUCGGAGAACGUCAAAGCGCCGGAGAAGGGCCGGACUGGGAGCCUCCCGAGACGGGAGGUGACCUCGUGGGACAGGUCCGCUCAGCGCAAUGACUCCUUUGACAAAGGGACCAUGUACACCCCGCAGGUCCCCAAAAAGCUCUCGCACUCAGAAAAGAAUAAAUGUGCCUCCAUGGAAGAAAUCCUGUCCCGGCGGGACUCCUCCGCGCACCGGGCGGUGCUGAGGAGGGGGCUGGAGGCGCAGUUUGCCUCCGCGGAGCCGGAGCAGCUGUCCCGGAUACAAGAACUGGUUGCACUGAAACUGGAAAAAACUCAGGAACUGCUGACGGAGGUGAAGGGCUACGGGGAGGGCAAGAGGAAGGCCAAGGACUCCAACACCAGCACCAGCACCACCACCUCUUCCUCCUCCUCGUCUUCCAAGUCGGACUCUGAGAGGAUCCUGCAGGAAUCCGAGAGGCUGCUGGGGGAGGCUUCCUCCACCUGGAGCCAAGCCAAGAGGGUGCUGCAGGAGAUCCGGGAGCUGAGGGACCUGUACAAACAGUUCGAACUGCAGCAGUCGGACUCAAAGCCCAAACAGAGCUCACAGUCCCACUACAGGAAGAGCAUGAUGUGAAGGCCCCCAGCUUCUGUCAUGCUUGGAGGACGGCAGAAAGCACCAGCUCCUACAAAAUGCCCCUGCAUGCCCGGAGCAGCACGUGCGUAACGAUGGGGACGGAUGCUCUUGCGCUGUACGAGCCCUGGCUUUGCUGCUCUCAGAUCCGAGCUGUAUCCUGCACCGCAGCUCCUUGACCAGGAGUCUUGUCUUGCUCCCUCACUGUCCUCUCGGAAAUAAAUGACAAACAAAAGGUGUCCGUCCCAGCCAAUGCUUGCAAGUCCCCCAUCACCCAGGAACUGUCUCGGAGAUGCUCGGAAGCUCCGGCUGACCUCAGGUUUCCCGCGAGCCGGCGGCGGCGCGGGCUGGACUGCGGCCACGCGGCUCCGUCCGGGCACGGUCCCGCUGCGAACUCCGGGGUCGGCGGCCGCUCGUCUCGUGGUACAUUUUCAGUCCUCCAAAGGGAGGGCAGCAGGUAUGCAAUCCGUGCCCAAACCAGCCCUGUCUCCGGCGAUGCUUUACAGAUCCCCCCCCCCCCAGCCCCGCGCGAUGGGAGUGAGCAGCUCCACGUCUUCCUUUCUGUGCAAAUAGAGGAUGAAAGCCUUGAAUCGAUCCGACAGCCCGCGCGGGUUGUUUGGCGGGGUUGUUUGCUGGCUUUUUCAUUUUCAUUUCUUCUUUUUUUUUUUUUUUUAUUUUUCCCUUUUCUCUGAGCUGAGGGGAAAUGGAAAAAUCAGGGUUGCGUGCAGGCGGCAGCCGGAAACCGAGAGCCAAAGGGAGUUUUGGUGGGUUUGAAUCUCGCUCGGUGGGGCGGCAGCGGGUUGUCCCUGCCGCUCCCUGGGGUCAGGAUCAGGCCCACCGAGGCGAGAGCUUUGCUCCGCGGGGCUCGGCUCGCACGCCGUUACGCAGAAGGGCACAAGGUGGAUGUUAGGAUGUCUCGCAGGGCUCAAAGUACACCAGUGUGAUAACAUCCAAUCAUUACUUUUUUUUAAAAAAAAAAAAGAAACCUAAUUCUCUUGCCUACAUUGCAAAUAACCCCUGAAAAUAUUAAAACCAACAGAGUUAUUUCCUGGCUGCAGUCGGUGUUGUCUAUUUUCUUUUAACCCCGGGCUCCCUGGGACAGGAGGCCGGCUCCCGUCACUUGUGCUCCGCUCCCCAGGGCCGUGCUGCUGAAGCGUAGACGCCAGCGCUGCGAGGAAAGCAUUUCUGUUUGGUUGCCAUUACUCCUCCUCCCACCUUCCCGUCAGAAUCGUUACUGCUGGCAACGGGUUCCCGAAGGUCUCUUUGCGGACAGGCUUCAAACCCGGCCUCGCACCCAGCUCUUGCUUGCUCCCGGCUCUGGCACAGCUCUCGGCCCGCUGCCGAAGGACGGUUUUGGGACGGCGUCACCGGCGUGGUCACGCUCUGCCGCUGAGCUCACGCCGCUGCAGGCCGGGGGAACACGUCGCACCCGUCCAGCACUUCUGCUCUAACACCUUUCCUCACCUUUGCUAUCACUCGAAGGAUCCGUCUGGGUGCAUCAGAGGAAAAAACAUCAUCCCUAAAAGAGACUGAAAGGGAACGCACGCGAGCCACUCUGAUAAAACCCUUCCCAUUCAGCUCUUUGAUCAAGAGAACAAGAAAAAUAUGCAAAAAAAAAAAUGCCAGGUGUGACACUCAGCAUUAACGUUAGCCUUGUCUUCAAAGAAGGAAAGCUAUUCCAAAAGCCCGGCGGUGUGAAUUGGGCUGCGCGGGGACGCGUGGGUGCCGUGAGCGAGGAUGGGAACAGCCCUGGUCUUCCUUCAGCACCACGUUAAUACAGAAAUCGGCCAAUUAACAGGGCAGGAGCAGUUCCAGAGGCACUGAGGUCACCCAAAACACGUCCCUGUUUUGCGAAGUCGCCAAGGGUGCCCCCGUUUCGGCGCUGCCUCGACAAAGUUUUGGGGCUGGAUCCCCCCGGCCGUCCCCUGCGCCCCGCGGGAGGCAUCGCACGGGGGCAGAGCGACGGGACGACAGCGGCUCUUUGGCCCAGCCCGUGCAAGCCUUUCUCCUUGUGACUAGAACGAGGUUUGGAGGAGAUGAUGGGGCUGAUUUAGGGAAGGUUUGUUGUUGCCAAAGCUGAACUUUCUUUCAGAAUUUGCUCCUGUUGGGAAGCGUCGUUUCUGGCAGGGCCCAGGGAAAGGGAGCGUCUUAUGAAGGAAA